CAUAUCGCACGAAGUGUCCGGCAACACUGCACUUUGACAGGCGACAGUAAUACGAAACAAAAUGUGCCUGUUGCGUUUCAAAAUCCUGAUGUCGGUUUGCAUAUCAUUGCUCGUUUUGUCAGUGCACGUUUGUUCUGGCGCUUAUUAUGCGGACAAUGGCGUGGACCAGACUAUCAUUUACCGCACGUUGCCGAAGUCUGACAGGCGUGAAAUGCAGCAAGAAAUCUUGAACUUGUUGGGCUUAGACCACAGGCCCAAGCCGAAGAUCCACGAGCGAAAGUUCUCAGCACCGCGUUAUUUGCUCGAUCUUUACAACUCCUUCAAGGAUGAAGACAACGGGGAUAUUCACCUCGAUGCUGCGAAGGCACACAAUGAAUUCAUAACAAACAACCAGAGCUUGCGGAUGAUCAAUGAUUCUGAUGUUAUCAUGAGCUUUCUCAACCAUGCCCAUCACCAUUCACCUCACCUACGCCAUGACAACGAAAAACGGUUUUGGUUUGACGUCAGUGAAGUAUCUCCACAGGAGAAAAUUCUAAAGGCGGAACUCAACAUCUACAGAGACGCUGCAGCCAGUAGUUUGCCAGUGGACCACGCAUGCACGCUUGAGAUCAGCGUACUUAGGCAUGGGAUCAAAAUUGAAGACGUUGUACUCCAACACGUGGACAAUAUUACAAUAGAUGAAAAGACUCAUGGGUGGCUUACCUUUAACGUCACUGACCCAUUUCUGACUUGGGUAGCAUUUCCUAAUGAGAACAUGGGUCUCUUUUUGCAAACUCAUUGCAGAACAUCAGGCCACAAUAUGCACCCCCACGAGUUGCACCCGCAUGAUCUGGGCCUAGUAGGGUCAGGGGGCCGCAGUGACCUGCAACCAUUCAUGGUGGCCUUCCUGCGUGAUGGGGGCCCUGGCCGUCGUCGCCAUCGUGUUCCUCGAGCUACCCGCAAGCGCCAUAGUGCUGACGUCAGCUACCCUGACCGUCAUCAAAAGAACCCAUACUUUGACACACGACCACCUGGACGAAGGAACAGCUGCCAGAAGCGAGACUUGUUUGUCAGCUUUAAAGAUCUUGGGUGGCAGAUUUUACAAUGGAAAACGUUGCAACAUCAGACAAGCUGUGACAUGGAGAAAUGUUUGGUGGAUUGUUGCAAGGUACCAGGUUCCAUUCUGUGUUGUCAUUCUUCUCAGGUUCCUACUGUUUGUUUUUGCUGGCUGUUUAACCCUUUCUCGUCAUACGAUUCCUUUAGUAAUGGUAAUGCUUUAUGAGAAAUAUACAACACGGAGAAAGACAGGCCAAUGCUAAUUUGAGAAAUGAGUGCCACCAACUGCAGUUAUGUAAUUUGUUGGAUUAGUGUCUCGGAUAAGAUAGUUCUCCCUUAAAUUUCACACAUGUUUACCCACAUAUUUACCCACAUGUUUUGUCACGCUUAGGCUAUGCCCGGGCACCACAUAUUUGUGCUCGCUGCUUAAGGCAUGUUACAAGCUAAGUAGUUUUAAAAUAGUUUUCUUCACAGUGAUAUAAUCGUGAACAGAAGUUUGAAGAAACAUAAGCUGUCUACACUACUGAAUUCGUGACAGAAGUCUUUGACAUGUGGUGAAAAUUUCUGCUGGGUAUUUGAACAAAUUCUACCCUCUCUCUUUUAAUGGCCAAAUGUUCAGACUAUGAAUGAGUUACUUUAAUAACAAAAUUUGGACAAGGAAGGGUUAAACAUACAACUUGAUCUGUGCCUCAAGCUCUGUGACAAAAUUGCCUUUGUAAUAACUUUUCUUGUGCAUGGUCAUUGAUUUUGAUUUCACAUCGGCAUUGUUAAGUUGCGAUGUAGCUGUUUGUUUAUUUGUGUUUGCUGUUGUGCUGGAGGGCUCAGCCUUCUUUCCAUGCUUUUUCUUUGUGUAAUCAUAACAUUGUUCCUUAGCAGGGACCACAAAAUACUGGAAUAACUCUUUCCUUGCUGUUGGACGUGGUCACACAGUUUUACGGGGACCAUAUGUGGGCCACAUAAAUGCACAUUCGACUUGUGCUAAUUGAAAUUCACAUAAGUCAACAUAAUGGUUAAUCCAAACAGAUCUCAAAUUUUUAGUUAGCCCAUUAUGUUUUCAGUGAAUUUAGAAAUGACUUGACCUCACAUGGCUCGAACAGCAGUGCUGUCAGUGGUACUGCAAGUGCCGCACCUUGAUAGCACACGAAGUGAGACCAAUGGAAAUUCAUUGGCAUUUGUUCCUCAAGAGGAAAGCUACUGUUUGUUCACACGAUGACUAUGCCAGGAGCAGAAGGCAGAACUCUGCCUUGGCUUCGCUGCAGACCUAAUCGAGCGAAGCUUGAGGGUGUGUCCACUUGGCAUCACCGUUUUUCCAGCGAAAUGCACUGCAAAUCUCUCGUAUCGCUGAAAACCUUCUAAACCUCUGCGUGAAGGUUGUGCAUGCGCUGUCGAUACCACAAGAGCGCAGUGGCGGUGCCAACAGUGCAAACAUGCCUUGAUUCAUACAAUUGCUAUCACAAUGACAAAUGAAUCUUUACCUUUGUUUUCUCCAAAUGUAUGUCUUUCAACUUGGGAAGUAGACUCCCACAUCUGAGGGCAUUUUGUAAAACAUUCAGUAUUAGACAGGUCAAGCUUCUAAAUUGCACACGUGAAUGGAUGCAGUCAUGUUAGCUCCUUGGGGUGUUCAGCCUAAUAAAAGAUUGUUUGUGCAGUGCUUCAGUCUCCAAGCAUGAGAUGAUCAUGCGCUGUUAUGCUGCCAUCAGACUACACAGGUUGUCAGAAUCCAGUUGCUUCUGAAUUGUCCUUUCUUGAUUUCGGAGCCUCGAAUCGGCAUGUAGCAGAAUCGUGGCAACUGGAUAGAACAGCUUAUUCAAGCAAGUUCUUUUGGUUACCUCAGACUUUCGGUUUCUCUGGGAGAACAAGCUGGGCUGGAAACAGUCAAUUGGGGCCCAUUUCUAAAACAUGGAUAGCUGAAGCAUACUUAUGUUUGCUGUUCAGGCUGAUUUUCAUGUUGGCUGGCACCACUAUAUGUAGGUGUCAGCAAUUCGGUUGCACAGUUUUUUGCUCGCCCAUUGUGUUCUUGGUGGAUUUGUUAACUGCUUGGAGUAAAUUUUGUGUUCUGGUUAACUGCACUCUGUAGGCACACUCGUAGAUCAGUAGCCCUAGUGUGCAUGCAUGGUGACUCUGUUGUGUUCUCUUCGAUACCAUGGAACUCGGUGGUGGCCGGUGUUGUAUGUUAUUUUGUGCAUGCAUGCCUUUGUGUGAUCUUAACCUGCGGUACUGUUCUGGACUUUAUUUUAUUCAAGUUCAGAUAGCUUGAACAAGAAUUGGUGGUUCUUAGCAACUUGAAUCAACGAUCCUUAGGAAUUUGAAUCAGCACGAGUUGACUGUACAUGCCAUUGUUGUCGCUCUGCACUUGGCGUGCAAUUUGUAGGUGCAGCGGAUGCUUUUUGAGAGACGUUUCCCUGUCAUAACUUGGGAAGUACUGUGUAGCAAGCUCUGUAGCAAUGUAGCAAGAGACUUAUGCUACUGCACUACAGUGUUCAUGCGUUAUUGUCAUUUAUUCCUGCAGUUAUUUGAGCAAAAUGAAAAUUAGUAAUUAAAGGUGCGGCAUGCAGUAUGUCUAUUCUUAGUUUACUCACAUCAAUGAUUGUUAACAGCUCAGUGCAGAUGUCAUGAGUUGUUCUGCAUGUUCACGUUAUUGUGAAAUGUGAGCAAACUUAAUUCAAACAUCUAGCUAUGGUUCAGCUCUAGUUUUUUUUUUGCAUGAAUACUUGUGAAACCCAGGAAUUCUUUUAAUUUAAACCAAUUUUUAAGAAUUUAUGAAAGAUGGCAAUCUUUAUAAACUGAUUCAAAAUAAUGUUUACAGCUCUGUAUCUUCACACACACACACAAGAAUGCAGAUAUUGUAACAUACACCUGUUGGUUCACUAAAGUGGACAAGAUUGGCAUCUGAGUAUGUGGUUCUACAUUGUACCACUAUGUUGUACAACUACAUUGUCAGUCUCGUGCAAUGAAAAUGUGCCAAAUACUUGCAAAAGGUUAACAAGCUGAUUUGUUUAAACACUUUAUCCCAAGCCUUUUGCAGAGCUAUUGCACUUCUCUGUUUUUUUUUUAGCUGCUUCAAUUUUUUUUCUGAAGUGUUGAUAGCUUAAACAAAAAUUUUUCCCUUAUCAAUUGGUACAUUUUCAGUUUUUAAGUACUGCAGAGUUCAUUUGAAUCAGUUCAGCAAUCGCACAGUGAGAACAUUUCUGCUUUUUGCAUGUGCCCGAAUAUAAAAAUGGGAUUUGGUCUAACCUCUUCGAUGACAUUGUACCAGGCUUGCCGUGACCCAGUGCUGUCGUGGCAAGCCUGCCCUAACUCCGCCACCGCCUAUUUAAAUACAUGCAAACACUUUUCUUAGAUAACCCCUGGGCCAAUUUUAUUGAAAAUGACUGCAUUUAAGAGAAAAAGUAUAAUUCUAGUGACUGUUGCAAGCAGAAUUUUGAGUUAUGGCCCUGAGGUUUUUACAAAAGUUGUCGAAAAUUUGUAAGGUUGAAAACAUAAAAGCACAAUGUUUACAAAUCCACAACUCUGCACCAAAAACAGAUAUUGCAGUUCUGUAAAUUGCAUUUGUCAGAACAUCCAAAGCAGACAAAUUUGAUAUAAUAAUUUAUACCUUACUUAAAUUUGUUACAUUGUUUACAAAGGGUUUGCAAAAGUGCUACUUACAUAUUAGUAGCGUACUUAAGAGCCAUGUAUAAUACAUCAACUUUAUCUGCCUUGGAUAUACUAUUAGAUGAAAUUUACAGAAUUGCAAUAUCGUUUUUCAUUGCUGAGUUGUAAACUUGUUAGUCUCGUUUUCUGAAGAUUUGCAAUUUUCAACAAUAUUUAUAAAAAGAUUGAUGAUCUAAAUCAAGAACUCGCUACCAACUGUCAUUAUAUUUUAACUUUUUCUUUUAAAUGCAACAAAGCUAAUCAAACUUGGUGCAGUGGUUGUAAAAAAAUAAACCGUCUUUCCUUUCCCAUGUAUUAAGAUUGGAGCCUGCGAGCUAAAGCUUCCUCUUAAGGGUCACCUUCAAGAAAAUUUCAGUUUGACUAAAUUGGUACUAAUUUUUUUAUACUACAGAAGCAAUCUUGGCAAAACUUCAGGGCUGGUUAUUGGCUAGUUUUCCUUUUGGCAGCCAGUAAGCAGCACUUAAGCAGACCAUGCGUACAUUUGGUAGUUAGCAAGUGUUACGAAGGACCAACAUGUUGCCUCCGAGAUUUCACGGUGUUCUGCAAGCAGCUGAGAGUGGCGCCCAAUCUUGCAAGUCAUGUUGAGAAGCCGUGGGCUUCGAAUAGUGCGACACUUCUGGCGAGCGGUAAUGCUGUCAUGUUUUUCAGUUUUGGCAUCAAAAACGUCUACAUUUGUGAGCGUUUUUGUGAUGCAUCCAUUCAUAUUUCAAACAUAAUAUGUCUCACAGAGGCUGCUCUGUAUUUAUACUAUCUGAAGCUAGGAUUUUUAUGCGACACAAAAUUUUUUUGUAGUUGGCCUUUGAUUCUCACCAUGUUGACUACUUGUUUGGAGUACCAUAUCAAUCCUGAAGAGCAUUAAUGUGCUUAACUGUUUCACUUUAUAAGACUUUUGCCUGUGUCAAGCAAUUGCUGGCCUGUUUUUAAGCAUUCUUGAACAUAUUUGUUGGCUAUUUCUUUAGCUUUAGUCACAAUGUACUAGUGCCAAGUUUUGUAUGCAAAUUCUAUGCAACAUUGCCAUUAGCACUUUUUCACCUUGUAGUUUUUUUAUCUCCAGCAUGUGCAAAUUUAUAUUCCUGUAUGAUGAGACUUGAGUUUGUUUUAUUUCCUAGUGUUUUAUAUAGUCUUUUCUUUCCCUUCUUGAAUGGCACUCUUGUGUUCAAAAGUUGUUUCGUGCCUUAUUCAGUAUUUUGCGGUCCGACUCUGAGCAUGCAUAUUAAAGUCAUGCAUGCUGCAUUUAAGUGCCUUGCUCAUGUUGCAGAUUGCACACGAUAAGGUAUUGAAAUUCUGAAUAAAGUUGUUGGAUAUUCAGAUUAAAACUGCAUCGUUUUCUUGUCA